AUGGAUUUCGAGCUGCGGAGGGCGCAGCAGCGAUACGAGAAGGAGCAGCGUGAGAAGCGGGAGGCGGCGCGGGUGAAGGCGGAGAGACAGAGAAAGGCGAAGGAAGAGAUCGAGGCGCGUCGGAGGGCUAUCGAAGAGGCGCAGAGGCUUAAACGACUGGAGGAGGUUGCAGCUGCUGAAGCAGCUCGUCGUCAAGCCGAGGCGGAUCUGCAAGCAGGAGGCGGCAUCCGCUUCAAUCGCGAGCUGAUCCCCGUCGCUAUAACGGGCGACCGCGAUAAGAUCACUCUCCCUCAGUCGGUGUUGUCCGAUCUCCCGCUAGACGAGGCCCUCGAUAGAGGCCCCAUGCUCUUCGAGCUCUCCGUUCCGCGCGCCGCUGGCGGAAGCACGGCAGGCGGAAGCGCAACCGGCGGAAGCGCAAUCGGCGGGAGCUCGGCAGGCGGAAGCGUGGGUGGCGGAAUGGAGGCGGAGGGGGAGGAAGAGGACGACGCAGACGAGAGUGAUUAUGCGGUGGAUGUUGAUAUUAACGGGGGUGAUUAUAACGGGAGGAGAGUGAAGCGGAGGGUGACGCACGGAGGCGUUUUGGAGUUUACUGCGCCGGAGGGCUGUGUAGGUCUACCCCCUCUUAUCCUCCGAAAUUUGGGGUUAUCAGGGAUAAUAGACGUCUUUAAUCCGUCCGGUUCUCCCCCGCCUGUGCGCGUCCGCUUCGUCAAACUCCCUAAAGCAACGUUCGCGCGGCUCCAGCCGCUGCGCCACGGGUUCCUCGCUGACGUGGCGAACCACCGCGCUGUGCUGGAAGCGGCGCUGCGGGGCCAGGCGGCUCUGACACGUGGCGACGUGCUAUUGGUCGGGUCGGAGGUGGGGGAGGUGGCGGUGCGCGUGUGUGAGGUGAAGGGCGUGGGUGGCGCGAGCGGCGCUGCUACAGUGAUUGAUGCUGACGUGGAAAUCGAGCUUUCGCCGUGGGAGGGACAGGGGGAGGCGGAAGGCAAGGGGGGAAGGCAGGGGGAAGGCAAGGGGGAGGGAAAGGGGAAGGGGAAGGAAGGAGAAAUGCGGGAUGCGGGGAGGGAUGGGAAGAAUGAGGGGGACGGAGGGUGGGCUAAGGCUGGUACUGGGAGAAAGCUGAGAGAAACAGAUGAGCAGCAAGGCGAGACAAGAGAGAAAGGAGAGGAAACAGGGGGAGGAGGGGGAGGAGUUGGCGCAGGGGUUGUAAAGAGGGAGGUGAUCCACGUGGGGAGUGCUGAUAGGCGCUUACUGGUGCUGCCUAUAGGGGGGAAGGGACUGGCAGGGGAGAUUCAGGAGGGCGAAUGGCGGUAUUUCAAGGUUUAUGUGGAUGGAAGGUUUGGCAGGAGGUUGUAUCAGGGGGAGGUAGAACUGGAGUUUCGGUUGCAGCUUGAAGGGGGUUCGGCUGAGCUGGCUGCUGACGUGGCUCGAGGAGGUGCUGACGUGGCGGAGGGUGAUGCUGACCUGUACCUGUCCAGGCACCCAAUUGUGUACCCGUCGUUUCUGGACCAUGACGUGUCGUCCAUUCUCCCUAUUGGCUCCAAGACGCUCCACCACCACCGUCGCACCACCUGUCCCCAUCGCCCCAUCCUCUGUCGCUUCUGUGCUGCCCUCGUGCCGGCCCUCGGCCCACCCCUCUCCGCUAGAGACCGUCUCAACGGCCUCUCACCCCACGAGGCACACUGUGGGGCCCGCACCGCCCCCUGUGACACGUGCAGGCGACCAGUUAUGCUCAAGGAGAUGGAUGUCCACGUGGCGGCUUUCCAUUCGUUGCCUGCCACGUCAGCAGCAUCGCCAGCUGCUGCCACUGCUAAUACCACCACCGCUGCUGCUGCUGCUGCUGCUGCUGCUGCUGCUGCUUUUUCUGUGAACGCUCCUGGUGCUGUGGGUGGUGGGAGGGGCACACACACGCUUCACACAGACAUGGACGAAGAGCAUUGGGCACGAGCCUAUGCCGGAGAUUUUGAGGCGGAGCAGGGUUUGGAAGAAAGAGGAGGACGUAGGGAAUUUAUGUCGUUCGGAUUCACCUAUUUCCCCGAUCUCCGCCCUCCUGCGAUCGAGGAACUCCCCGCGUCGCUCGCGGCGCUGAGCGAAGAAGCCCUAUUGGCUGCGCGCGAAGCGGCGUACGAGCAGCAGCUUCUAGCGGUGCGUGCUUCUAACGAGGGGACCGCGCCGAUUGGUCAGGCGGGGGGGAGGGACGGGGAGGGGGAGGGGGAGGAGGUCGAAGGGGAGGCGGAGGAGGAGGAAGAGGAGGAAGAGGAGGAGGAGGGGGAUAGAGAUGAGAUGGACGGUGGGGAUGAUGCGAUGAGUGACGAAUUCGGGCAAGAAGGAGGGGGAGGGUUGUAG